UUCACGUGGAACGGACCGACGCCGCCUUCUCGACAAUGUCUCUCUUCCUUACAGCUAUCGUUACGCUGAGCCUAGCGCUCACGGCCGACGCAAAUUGUUGCGCUGCAGCAAGUUACCAGUUCUCGGGCGCGGGACUGAGCGCGCGGAUCGUUCAGCUCAAACCCGACCUCUUUGCUCUGAACAGCUACACACUAGGGGUAGACGUCAAGGCUAACAACGCUUUUAUCAACAUGACGAUGACCGACUUAACGGGUAAAAGGUCGGUGCAGACGAUCUACCUAGAAUCAAAAACAAAGACGCAGUACACAGUGAUCGACAACACUCAGUGCUUCAAAUCGCCAUUGAUUGGACGUGAUGCGUUUGCCUGUUUGCCUUCUAAUGUCAAAGUUGUGACCCAUUUCACGAUCGGCGGCGGAAUCGAGAUCAUAGCCGUUACCUACUCGUCCCAAAGUGAUGUAGACUCCUUCAACGUGUCAAGCCAGUCCGCCUUACUGAUUUCUUCCAAGUGUGUACCGAUAGCCGCCGCAGCUCUUAUCCUAGGAGACAACACAACGAACCCACUUAAAACCGAAGUUGCAAUUGCGGACUUGGUGUUGUUCUACAACAUGGUACCACUGAGUCCGAGUACAAUGACGGUGCCGUCAAUCUGCUCUAAAGCACAAAGUCUUGCGACGUCUGGAAUCGCUGAGGAGGAUCUCGUACUCUCGCAUUUGAUGAAGAAAGAUGAAUCGUUCAACGUGUUUACCAUCCUCAGUCGUCUGACUGAACUGCGAAAGAACUGAUCUGUAAGAGAGAUCGACUUGUGCGAGCAGGAAAGCGUUUUGAUUGUCGAACCACUUUAUAUGUUGUUUCUCUUUUCUUGAGCUCCAUUUUCUUUUGCACGGUAACUUUUCUAUUUUUUGGAAUUAAGCAAGGAUCAAACUAUUUACUUUUAAAUUUGCAUCUAACGCACGCUUGUGCGUUGUUUACCACUUACGUCAAUUUAUAUUAAUCGUUUUGUUUUUGGCA